AUGCUUCCAUCAUCUGAACAUGUAGAUGCUGCCCGUGGUGUACGACCACAGUGCAAACGCAUGGAUGACGUCAGCCAUUUUUUAAAAAACUGGUUCCAUCGGCAAAUUGUCUCUGCCGUUCGCUGUCACCUUCAUCAACAGCGGCUCCCGGCAAAGGUGCUUCUGCUGCUAGAUAACUGCGGGGCCCACCCAAAGAUGUUGUGUUCCAAUGACAAGAAGAUUGUUAUCUCAUUCUUGCCGAAAAACAAAACGUCGAAAAUCCAACUGAUGGUCAUGGGCAUCAUUGCGACCUCGAAACGUCUAUACCGGCGCCAGCUGGUCAGAUCAGUGACAGCCAGGGGUGACCUCAGCCUCCUGGAUUUCCUGAAAAAGCUGACGAUCAAAGAGGCGAUCUACAUGUUCGACAGCGCCUGGCAAGAAGUAUCAAGGCAAACCAUCCAUGGCUGUUGGCGGAGGGCCUUAGGAGACGCGAUCGGCAGCGAUGAAGCCGACGACAGCGAUGGGGAGUUUGAAGGAUUCAGCACUGCAGACGUUUCUCAGGCAGAGAAGCACCUUGCAGACUUCAACUCCUUCUCGGCAGUCGAUGUCAACAAAUCCCGCGAUGCGUUUGGGGUGACGGACGACAAAAUUGAUCAGUGGCUUAAGAUAGACGAUGAGCUCGCAACCACAGCGCAUCUUACCGACGAGGAGAUCGUGGCUAACGCUACCGGUGCUUGUACAGAGGCCGACGAGAACAACGACGACGACGAAGAAGAAAUGGAACCGCUACCUGCGAUGUCUUCCAUCGUCAGAGGCCUUGAGGAAGGUCUCCGCUGGCUGGAGACCUCUGCUGACAUCGGCUCAGACCUGUCAUCUGCGCAACAUCAUCGCCCUUGCACGAGCCGCAGCCAGAGACUCGUGCAAGCAGAGAAAGAUGACGGAAUAUUUCACAUUUCAUAG